AUGUCUGUCGAAGAAGAUCUACCCGAUAUUCAAUUGCAAAAUUCAAUUGACAAUAAUCAAACAAUUUGUAUUGGAGCAAAUGAUGAACACGGAAAACAUGAUACACUUCCAGUCGACGAAACAGAUGAAUAUGUGGUGGAUUUCAUGCAAAACGAUAAUGCGAUACUCGAUGUGAAGUUAGAUGCUUCGAUGGAGCAAAUUUACACAGAAAUUGCAAAAGAACCAUUUCCAGGUAAGAAUUAUUCGUGUGAACGUCCCAAUGUUCUAGAUUUUUCAGACAUUCAACAAAACCUAGUUGAUCAAAACAAUGAAUUGGCAGGAAAUAAUAUGAUUCAAGAUCAGAUUCCUCAACAAAUUGAUAAUAAUGCAAAUCUUGGUGAACAAAUCGAACAAAUUCCAACCAACGUCAAUUUCCACGGAAAUAAUGAACUUCAAGAGCACAACAUUUCACCUAAACCAAAACCUAAAAGAAAACGAGCAACAAAAGCUCAAAUGAAGGAUAUGACUCCAGAAGAAAAAAUAAAAAGAAGAAAAGAGAGCAACAAAAUUAGUCAAAGAAACUGUACUCAAAGAAAGAGAGAUGAGAGUGUUGCGUUGGAAAAUAAAUCGGUGGAAAAUUUUAAAACAUUGGAAAGUUUGGAGCAAUCGUGUAAAAAUAAGGUUAGUUGUUGUUAUUCAAUAUAAUUUACAGCUCUUAUCCAUUUUUAUAGAUUGACAACAUCUACGGAACCUUCCAUUUCAUGCAAAAUUAUCAACCAAAAAGUGACAAACAGCAAUAUUUUAAUACUGCAAAUAUUAUUGCACUUCUAAAUCUUGUCCAAGUUAUUCAAAUGGAAUAUUCGGAAUAUAAUCGAAAUAUUGAUAAUAUUGAUGUUACUCAACAGCUUAAAGAUCAGGUCAAAAAAAUGGCUGAAAUUUUGGAAAUUGCUGAAAAAAAUCGACGAUUGAGACAAGGAAAUGUGAAUACUCUUGGUUCGAGAAAACAUCGAGCAAAUUUCACAUUAAAAAACUCAAAACUUCAGUUGGAUUGCUGGAAAACGAUGUUCAAAAUCGAUAUUUACAAAUUUUUUGAGGAAAAAAUCGACGAAAUCAAGUUUUAUGUAUGUUUUGAAAAUUUGAAAUUUUCAAAAACCAAUGUUUUUUUUCAGUGUCUUCUCGAAUUCAAAGAUUAUAUGAACGCGAAAGAUAUCAGAAUUCGCGAGAAAAUGCAAAUGAAAACGGAAGAUUUGGAUAAUUUCGAUAAAAUAUUGUCGUUUUUUGAACUUCCCAAUCCAUCCUAA